ACAGUCUACCGGCUGUUAUCAUCAGUGGAAGACAAGCCCAAAGCAACAAAAACCAAAGUAGCGAUCACAAAAAAAGUGGAAACCAAAGUGAAAGGAGCGAUCAUGACACCUAUCUAUCAGACAUCAACCUAUGUUCAAGCAGCACCUGGUGAUCACAAAGGAUAUGAAUACGCCCGUACUCAAAACCCAACUAGGUCAGUACUGGAAAAAAAUCUUGCUGCACUCGAAAAUGCUACAGAUGCCAUUUGUUUCGGAAGUGGACUCGCAGCGAUGGAUAGCGUAUUGAAGCUGCUCAAUCCAGGUGAUGAGGUGAUAGCCUGUGAUGAUUUGUAUGGAGGAUCGUACAGGAUCAUGACAAAAGUUUUUGGCAAGUAUGGGAUCAAAUUUUAUUUUGUCGGCAUGAGCGGUGUAAAUGGCCUGAAUGCUCUGAUGACUCCAAAUACCAAAAUGAUCUGGGUAGAAACACCCACCAAUCCUAUGCUCAACAUUAUAGACAUCAAAGCAGUUUGUGAUCAUAUAAAACACGAAUGCGGGCUGGCAUUAAUCCGACUCCUUAAACCACUUGACUAUUACCAUAAAAAAUACGGAACAGCUCUAUAUGGUCUCAAUAAGAUGAACCUCUUGCUCCAGAAACAACGCAACAGAGGUCAGGACGGAGCAGGAUUAGUCACCAUCAAGCUGGACUCUACGCCGGGGACAAGAUACAUCAGUCGUCGUCGGAGCAACAGUCCUCAGUACCUCAAGGAUUUAUUUGAAGGAGUUUUUUCGCAUUUUACGGACAUCACCAAAGAACAGCUCAAUGACCCGCAGUGGCUUAAGGAGAAUAAACCUUAUACCGAAGUGGCAUAUUUUGGGAUGAUCAAAGGCCUGGAACAAAAGCUGAAUGAAAUAAAACAGAAUAAGAUCCAACAACAUUUACUCGAUGGGACGCUCACAGAAACCACUCUGAACAAGAUUCUAAAUAUAGCUGUAAGAUCAGAAAAACUCGCUGUGAAGGAUGAAAAACUCAGAACAUUUAUAGCUGAUGAUGCAUCCAGAGGACAGAUGGUGUCACAUGUGUAUGACGUGACCUAUGGUAUCGUCGAAAAUGAAGUAGACACCAUAGUACUGAUAGAUGACAGCAUACCCAAAAAGAUCAUCAUAGUCUCAUCUGCCCCACAGAUAAGGUAUCCCGAUUGUUACGGAAUAGAUAUGAGCAAAUUGAAGGAAUUUGUAGCUUUCAGAGCAUUGGUCGAAUUGCUUAACCAGGACGGAAAGAAUCAUAUGAUGCAGGAAGUGUAUGACAAUUGUCUUGAACAGGAAAAGCUGCCGAUGGAACAAAUGACAAAUCAGGUAAAGCUGCUGUAUGACCAAUACACUGACGACCAGAUUUCUGCAAAAAUAUCUGAGCUUGUAACUCCUGAAGAUAUCAUACCAGAUGUACAAGUGAUCUAUCAGAGCAUUGACGACCUUCAUAUUGCAUGUCCGAAUCAUAAGGGGGACUGGUAUUUCUCAGGCAAUUACCCUACGCCUGGAGGCGAUGGCAUCAUCACUUCCGGAGGCACGUUAGCCAAUCUGACGGCCCUGAUUUGUGCCCGCAAUGUAAAGGCUACGGAAGAAAUAUGGCAAGAAGGUCAAAACGAAAAAUAUGCUUUUAUGGUGUCGGAAGAAGCACAUUAUUGUAUAGACAGGGCAGUAAGAGUGAUGGGUUGGGGUGAUGCAGGCAUCAUUAAGGUACCAGUGGACGAUCAUUAUAAAAUGAAGACGGAAUUUCUGGAACCACUCUAUCAAAAGGCUACAUCAGAAGGCAUCAUUGUCCUGGGUGUUGUGGGCAGCGCACCUACCACUUCUACAGGUAUAUACGACGAUCUUACAUCAAUCGGACACUUUUGUCAAAAGCAUGAUUUAUGGUAUCACAUUGAUGCUGCUCAUGGAGGACCAGCGGUAUUUUCUGAGAAAUACAAACAUCUGAUGCGUGGAUGCGAACUGGCGCAUAGCAUCACUGUGGAUGCACACAAGAUGAUGAUGACUCCGUCACUCACUACGAUGUUGUUUUUCAGAAAACCAGAAGACAGUUACAAGACUUUUGCUCAAAAAGCCCAAUAUCUCUGGAGUGACAGUACUGAAGAAUGGUAUAACUACGGCAAGCGUACUAUGGAGUGCACUAAAAUCAUGCUGAGCUCGAGGAUAUAUGCCUUGAUUGCCAAUUAUGGUUUGGAAGUGUUUGGGGAGUAUAUUGACAAAUGUUAUGAUCUUGCUCAAAUAUUUGCUGAGUUGAUUUCAAACACGGAUAAUAUGGAGAUAGCUGUCCAUCCGGAAUCCAAU